UUUGUUAUCGAUUUAUCCGUCAACUUUUUUUCUCCAUAGGAAAAUAAAGAAAAUUAGUUUUUCCAAUAUUAUUUGCAAAAUUUUAAAUGAAGAGUGCACAUAAAUUAGAUUAAAAUGAAUCGUGAAUUGGUGGAAAAUAUUCUGUCGGUAGUAAAUACGGCAAAUGAUAAGUCAGUUGUUAUAAGAGCACUCGUAAAAUUGCGUACCGAUUGUGUUAAAGACAGGGAUGGCAUUAUUUUGUUUAGGGAGGCAGGUGGAGUACAGAAAAUGAUACGGUUUCUUAAUAAACCACAUGAACAAAUCCUGGAAGUUGCUCUCAGCAUCAUGGGUAAUUGCUGUACGGAUGUGAGCAGCUGUAAAGAGGCAUUGGACAACAAAAUUGUAGCACCUCUGACCGUUAUAUUAAAAUCAAUACCAAAUCCUCAAAUACAAUGUCGCGCCUGCCGUCUAUUAGGGAAUUUGGCUAAAGUCGACACACAACUGGUGGCCACGCAUAGUCCAGCUUUAGCCAAGGCUUUGUGUCAAAUUAUAGAAGAUAGUUCAGAUGUCCAGACAAGGAUGAUGGCUGUCCGAGCCUGUCGUUUUCUGUUAAGCAAUCCUCAGUUUGCCAAAUAUUUUUUGCAAUUUUCGGGCUUCAAUACGUUGUUACGCAUACUAUUUUCAAUUAUGAAAAACUCUGAAGCUCGGGUAAAUGAAGAAGAAAAACUUUUAACAGACUCACAAGAUUCGGUGAAAUUGGGUCUCAAGAGGAAUCAACAUCGCGAAAAAUACUUCGAAGAAGUGGCUCGUAAUCUUGAAGGAGUGCGUAGCGAUAUCUUUGAUUAUGAAGUCUUAAAGAAUUCCUCACGUUCAUCAAAUACAUAUGCAAUGCCAGUACAAAAGGACGCACUUGAUUUAGCUUGCGAAAUUUUAAAAUGUUUAUUAGUCUUGUCGGAAUUGCAAUUAUCAGUGCCAGUUUGGGAGUCUGUAAAUCGCGCAUCGUGUUCGUUCGCCCCCAUAGUGUACUUUGUUUCUGAAGACAAUAAACAUCGAAGUGUGGCUUUAAAAAUACUAUCAAAUUUUUCGAAAAACCCAGGAGCAUUCUAUACACUCAGCUCUGCUGAUGCUAUACUGGCUGCUUGCGAACUGCUCGUAAACAAUGUAGAGAAGCCCUUAAGUGAAAGUGAAACUAGGCAUUGUAUAAAUAUCGUUAGUAUUUUAUCAGUUGAUGCAUGCAAUCGUUCAAAAAUACGGCGAUCAGGUGCCCUAAGAAAAUUGAUAGCUAUGCUGCGCGAAUCAUCGUCCCACUCGGAGAAGACCUCAAUUUUAUACGUUUUCCUUAACUUCCAGUACGACAACAUGAGCAUGGAUUUAAUGUUGCGUGAAGGCUUGAUAAUGGUUUUAAUUAAAGAGUUACAGUCUUUCAUAAACAGCGAUGAAGAGUACUACAAACGCAAGCGUGAGGAAAAAUUGCAAUCGACGAAGAAAAGAAAGCUUACAGAGUCUGUUAAAGAAACUAAAUGCAAAUUUCCCAAAGUGCACGAGGAUGUUAAUUUGGACUACGAUUCGCCUAGUGGAUCCCCCAGAUCUUUAAUAAGUCCUCCAAGUCCUUGCAGUUCUCGCAGUAUGUCUCCUGUGGGUGGUAAUUUAACCAAGGCUGGUGACUUUGAUGAAGAAUCAUAUUCCCCUGUCUGCAGCGACGAUGAUGAUGACGAUGAUGAUGGUGACGAUGACAAUGACAAUAAGACUAGCAAUUUAUAUACGAAUCCUAAUGCAAAUCUUGAUAACCAUUCGGUUAUAAUGAAUCUUUUAGAUUUGGCUUCGAGACCCGAGGCUUUAGAAGAUAAUAUUCUCUUGGAUAAAGAAGACGACGAUGAAGUUAGCCAAGAUGUUCCUGCUUUAAAACUGCCAAAUAUUGGAAAUCUACCACAUAACGCCAUAGAUAUUAUAGAUAAUUUAAUAUUCCGUGUUACUUACAUGGUUAAAAAGGGUAUAGAUCUGGGUAAACCGGAAACUUUGAAUACCCUCAUCAAGGCUAUUAACAUGUUUGGUUUAAAUAUGGAUUUUGCUGGAUCUUUAACUAAUAUUUUAUUAGAAUCACAAUUCUUUGGUCAAGUUGUUAAACAAGGCAUAGCCUACCAACUGUGUCAGUUAACUAAAAUAAAAGAGUUAGCGAAAGAAGGAUUUUCAUUACUGGACACCUUAACCUCAGUUGGUGAGUGUAACUAUGGCAAGGAAGAAUUAGCGCGACUUUUACGAUCUGACGAUGUCCUAUCUCAGAAACGAGCCGCAAUUACAGUGGGAUUUAUUAUCAAGAGUAAACCAUUGCUUUAUCAAUUUCUUAAUGAUGGCAAUGCUUUAUCUUUGUUGUUCAAUAUCAUUCUAAGUCAUAAAGAGGAUGAAUUUACCGCCGAAGCUGUCGAUUCCCUAACGUGCAUGGCCCGAUAUACAUUGGGUAUUCAGAUACCGCAAAUUGAGAUAGAUAAACGUGAUAAAGAAUAUGAAGAGUAUAUAGAAAAUCUUGAUGAACCCAUGCAUGACAAUUGUGAUAUGCGUUUUAUGGUUCAUCAGGAACCAGCUGAUAAAGGACAACCUCCCGUAGUAAUGGGUUUUAAUAAGGACUUACUUUGCUCUGCCAGUGAGGUGUUCAAUACAAUGUUAAAUAGCGAUUUUCGCGAAGGUAACGAAGGUGAAAUACAUCUGCAUACGUAUACCGUAAGUGGUUUACGUUUCUUCUUGCAUUUAAUCAUAAAACAAUCAUUGCAAUUAAAGUUGAAUUUAAUACCGCCCGCAAACAAAUAUUACGCUUUACUAGAAGCUUUCGAGAUGUCACGCAUUUACAUUAUACCCGAAAUGGAGAAAAUUAUUCAAGAGCUUUUGAUACUUUUAUUAAAUGAAAAUAAUUGUUUGAGUCUUUUUGAAUGGUCUAUGAAAAAUUAUCACCUAGAGUUAACCGAAAUGGCAAUUAAUUAUUAUUUAUGCUCACCUUUGAGCGCCGACGCUAAAGUUAAACUGUUCCGUACCGCUGACAUACAUUCAACAUAUUCUUCAGAGUGGUUUCAAAUGUUAUACGAUGCAGUGUUUGCCAAAUGUCGCGCGAGUUUUUAAAUUAUAAAUAAAUAUUUACUU